AUGGGCUGCGGUGCCACAACGAUGUCUCGCGCAGGUCCACGCGAUCCUCAUUGUCUGGUGCUGAAAGGAACUCGCGAGGAUUCGGUUGACUUCAUUGAACCCUCGCAAUCUUUCCAAUCCAUGAGAUCACCUGGAGGCAAAGGCUCGCCGCCCGUUGCCGCAACUCAUCGCCACCACAUACAGAAGUUGGAGAUGUUUCUGGAGAUUGUACCCAGACACGAACAGCUUCUGGAAAGAGAGGUACUACGUCGCAGAAAAGAGGUCGUGAACCGCAGGGCGAAAACAGAUCCUGCCCCUGAGCUGCCAAGCAAUUCGGAUGAAUGCCAGCUGGUCAGACACGCCGAUUAG